AUGUACAUCAUGUUUAAGAUCAUCCUGCUGGUGAGUUUUCUGUUUCUGGUGGACAGAUCUUUGUCUUCACCAAUAAAACAAAACAAAACUAAAGUCCUUAUCCUUGGUGCCGGACUUGCUGGAAUUAAAGCCGCGAAGACGCUACUGGACAGAAACAUCACCGACAUUCUAAUUCUUGAGGGAAAGAAUUACACUGGGGGCAGAAUACAUGCCAUCGAGUUUGCAAACUACUCGAUUGAAACGGGAGCGAACUGGAUUCAUUUCGUAAAUGACGGAGAAACCAAACCUAUCGUGGAUCGAAGGGACGCAAAAAAAAUGCAAGGUCUUACCUCUAAUUACUCAGACAUAUUGGUGAGGGACGAAGCAGGAAACGAUAUCACUGAUUUUGCAGUUCUGCGUGAGUUUUAUGAUAAAAUCGAGCACAAAAUUGAAGACUACCAACUAAAAAGGAAGGGCCAGCCAGACUUCCCUGCCCGUGUUGGUAUGCAGAUGAUGGGAUGGUCAGCUGAACAACCCAUGAAAAGCGUUAUUGAAUAUUUCAACUUCGAUUUCCAGUUUGCAAAGUCUCCAGAAGUGGUUUCCUUUCACAACAUGUUUGAGCGCGGAGAAGACUUUUUCAUCGCUGAUGGGCGAGGAGUAUGGUCCAUGUACGAAGAUCUUUACAAGCCAUUGGAAGCGAAGACUUUGCUGGGCAAAUUAGUAAAAAAGAUCAAGUAUAAUGCCGAUUCCGUUGAAGUACAAACCUCCGAUGGAUGGAGUUACCAGGCAGAUUAUGCCCUUUGUACAUUUAGCUCCGGAGUUCUGGCCAGCGACUUGGUUACUUUCGAGCCAGCCCUUCCUGAUUGGAAAAAAAAAGCCAUUUAUAAAAACCCGAUGUCGCCUUACACAAAAAUUUUUCUAAAAUUUCCAAAAAAGUUCUGGGAUGAUCACGAAUAUAUCCUUUUCGCUUCCAAAGAGCGCGGAUGUUUCCCUGUGUGGCAGGACCUGUCAAGACCUGGGAUCUUUCCUGUUUCGAGUGGAAUGUUGCUGAUCACUGUGACAGGGGCUCAAGGACGAAGGAUUGAGGGGCAAUCAUUUAAUGAAACAAAGGCAGAGAUCAUGGGAAUGUUGAGAGAGAUCUACGGGAAUGGCAUCCCUGAAGCGACAGAUAUCUAUUGUCGGCGUUGGUCAAAGGAGCCACUGACGCAAGGUGCAUAUUCAGAACCUGUGGUGGGUAUGACUUCUGAAGACUGGGAGAACAUUGGAAAAAACCUGGGACGUCUGUACUUUGCUGGCGAAGCGACGAGCGAAGACUGGUACGGCUAUAUGCAAGGUGCUUACUGGACCGGUGACAAGAAAGGGAACAUGAUCGCUGAGAAUAUCUCUUCAAGUGAAUCUUCCAGAAAACCGGGAGACCCAAAGAGUGAGGCAACCCCCGCCAAAGUGUCGUUAGUAGGAAUAUUGUUGCUCCCUCUUUGGUUUAUAAUCGUGUGGAAGUAAACAAUUCAUCAAGCCGGCAAGAGAUUUGUUAUUAGCCGUGAUAGCUCUGGAGCAGCCCUUACAGACUGAUAGAGUGGCAAAACUGUAACUUUGAUGAAACAUUUGUGUUGCAUAUAGGACCCUCUAGAUGUAGGAACGUUCUAUGUAGGAGAAUUUGUCAGCUUUCGCCUGGUAUAUACAGAUGGCCUUUGAUUAAAUUUACUUGCCCACGAGGGUAAGGUGCAGUAAAAUUCGAAAGUAAUUAAGCAGGCUUUGAAUAGAGAAUACUUCUUUUUUGUUGUUCGCCCCUGUACUUAAUAUCUGCAGAUAGUCCUGUGCAAGUACUAACUGCUAUCGGCUAUAUGUAUUAAUCACGAGUUCACUUUCACUUAGCUUUUGAUUAUGUUACUAAACAAAGAGAUUCUAUGUUGCUGUACUUCUGUUCAGUGAAGAAUCCCACAUGACGUCAACAUAUGGCAAGAACAGAAAAGUAGUAAACGAUGGACAGGGGGGGUGUGUCAUUGAGGCUCUUAUCACAUUUGACCUUAUCCGUGAUCUGUUACUGAACAGGCCCACGGUAACACAGAAUCUAUUUGUUUAUUAUAUGAUAAAAAAGUCAAAAUGUCGUUAAUGUAAACUUCACCUAUGCGUCUGUCCAGCAAUAGAUCAUCGGUAAGAACCAUUCAAGAUGUGUGUGUAA